AUGGACAUCCCGCCAGCAGCUGCUGAUGCGGCUGAUGCUGCCAUGCCCGAGCAUCAUAUCGUGAAAGCCGACGAGGUGGAUCAGACGGGAACGGAUAUUUCACCCGUAUCCGAUGAUCAAUUGAUGGAGGAAGUGGCUGAGGGUCUGCGACAAGAGCAGGCCGAGCAAGCUGCUCCGAAUAAACAAACGACCAAACCCGAACAGAUUCCCAAGCGACCCGCAAUGCAUCGAGAGAAUUCCGCACCUCCCCCGCCUCUGCAACCACCUCCCCCAGCUCCCGUCCAGCAAAAUGCUAAUCGCCCUGCGGACUCCCUCAGUCUCGCCCAGCUGCGACAGCUCAUGCAAGAAAUGCCCAAGGUAGAACAGCCCGCAUAUGCAUUCGAGUAUGCCGAUGCACAGUCGUUCUCGGAUGAGAUUGAAGAAUGGUUCCAAUACAAUGAGUUUGAUCGCGUGAUGCUCCUCGGCAUGAAGGCCACUUUCGACCGCCAGUGGAACGACUUUCGUUCGAAGCAUGCCUCGGAGGCCCCUGGACUAUUGUGGGUAGAUGCUCCGGAGGAUUCACGUCGAACUUUCAUCCAGCAAUCUCUCGAGAGGACUACGCAUCUCGAUGUAAGCGUGCGUCUGGAGGCUCUGGAGAACAUCUGCUACGCCGUGACAGGCGUCUGGGGAUCUACCGCGGGACGAGUUGCACCGGAUUUCUCUCCCAGUGCGGACCCCAAAACGGCAACCGAGACUCCCCGAACCAAAUCUCUUCAGAUUUCCUGGAUUGAACGGAACGUCUCUCUCCUUCAGGAGUGCUCUGGAAUUCAGCUCCUAGUCAAGAGACUGAACGAAAUCUUUGACAAGAAUCGUGCUUCUUUCGGCCCUGAUCCAGAUGGGCUUGAAUUCGAACGGCUCAGUGUGGGUGAUAUCGCGGCACCAGAACGUGAAGCCAAUCUGCUCCUCACUUCGCUGUACUUUGCCGUUGAAGUUGGCCGUAGACAAGAGGCCCAAGACUUCCAGAAAACUUCGAUCCGCGACUCGCUGGCUGACUCAAAGCCCUGCCUGCUGGUAACUAUCGUGGAGAUCAUUGCUCGUCUGCGAUGGGACGAGUCAGCAAAUAUCCCACUCACCAGAAUCAUUCUUCUGCUGUGGAAGACCUUGCUUCUUGUUUUCGGUGGCAGUGAUGAACUGAAAAGAGCCAAAGAAGUUCUGGAGCCAAAGAUGGCCACUGAAGUCGACCCUAACCGUCGGACGCCCUUCUUGACCGCGUCUCCUCUGGAGUACCAUGCCUUCCGCCAGGAGAUUACCUCAAAAUAUCCCGCCUAUAAACCGCCUCCCUCCAUUCUUCCUCUCGAGUUCGACUGCAACUCAAUUCUUCCGCCUCUCCCUCGGCACACUCACAGGACAAAUGCCGCGGGUAGUCUUUUCGGCGGGGUUGGCCCGUCUGUUGCUAGUAACAAUGGCUCCAUUCUGCAACAGUCUGUCCAUAUUGCGACCCCAGCCCCAUCUCCACCCCCUUCGCCUAUCGGUCCCGGUGGGAAGGCCGGAAAAAAGCAGAACUAUCAGACCAACCAAAACUUCCCGCUCAUGUACCCCCCGCUCGACGAAUCGAGUAAUUUGAUCGGAGGCAAGGGUUCCACCGCACUCCAGGAUAAAUUGGUUGGAAGGAAAUGGGAAGGCAGUGAUGUUCCUGCGUCAAUCGUCGAGGCUGGUACGCUUUUCUCGACCCAUGUGAAGAUGACUCGAGCUAUUCAGCAAAUGUGGGACGAGCGUCAGAACUUCAUGAAAUACGAUCGCGGCUGGGACUAUGAGCCGCCGAAAAAGCCCUUCAGAGAAGAGGUGGAUGAUCCUAACAUUCAGCGACGGCUUGAUGCCGUGGAAGGCUUCUACACUCACACCCUUGCCCACCUCCAAUCCAUUACCAUCGUUUUCCUCAAGAUUAUUCUCACCAACGUUAGCGCCGUUGUUAAUCAGGCGAACUGUUCAAGCGCACAGAGCAUGGCCACUAGCCAAGGUUUCAACGGAGCCGGAUCGUUUGUCCCUGAACUGUCCAUCGAUGAACUCGACAAUGUCCGCCUCCGAGAGAUCACUGGAAAAGCCGUUUCUGGAACUUUACUUCUCUUGCUGAAAUGGUUCAAGCGUUCGCACAUCUUGAAGUUUGAAUACAUGACACAGCUUUUGCUCGAUUCGAAUUAUCUUCCUCUGAUCUUGAAAAUGUUCGCUCACCAGGACAUCGAUCAGGCGGUCGCGCAGAAGAAUGACCGCGAGGACCUAGCAUUCUUCCACUUUUGUGCUCAGAACUCCGACCAGCCUGUUGAGGCUGGAGACACCACCGAUGGAGAUACUGAAAGCGAGGAUGAGGCCGCCCCGCCUCCAAUUUCUCGCCACCGCCCGAACCCGGCUGGCGCCAGCUCGGCGCUAUCACCCGAGGAAUCCAUCGCGGAUGUCCUCGAUGGACCGGCACGCCCCGAGGUUGACGAGCUAGGCUAUCCUACCGCUCCGCUCCCGAAGGAGCCGAUUGCUGUCUUCUCCUUCCGCAACUUCUUUUCUGCCAUCAACUACCUGCACAUCAUGCAGAAAAUCACCCGAAACAAACCGCAUCGCUGCCUUCUCCUUGUGCAGUACAAGUCAAGUACCAUCCUGCGCAAGGGCCUUAAGAUCCCGGAUCCUGAUCUCCGCUUCUACACCCUGAAGCUCUUCAAAUCGCAGGUACCCUACUGCGGCCGCAAGUGGCGACAGAGCAACAUGCGCGUUAUCACUGCAAUCUACCUUUACUGCAGACCUAAGCUUCGUGACGAUUGGCUGGCCGGCUCCGACGUUGAUGCUGAGGUUGAAGACGCACUGCCGAUGGAACAAGCUCUUCGAGGACUGACGCACUGGUGGCACUUGCGCCAGUACAAGGAUGUGAUGGGUGGCUCGGAGGCUUCUAUGAUGGAGGACGAACGCGACUUUUUCGUUCGCGAACUCGAGUCCAUGGAAUGGGUGACUGAAAACAUGGCCGAGGAAGGCGAUGUCGGAAACCACCCGACCAACGGGACCGAGUGGGAUGGAGGUCUGCAGAUGGAUGGCUGGACUUAA